AUGCAAGAGGCAGAGCACAGGAAGGCACCCAUGAUCGCUGCUCGGGAGACCGGCCCUGGCCCGGGACGGUACAGCCUACCUCCUACCAUUGGGUUUGUCAACCACGACUACACCCGGUUAACCAGCCCAGCGUACUCCCUCCAUGGGCGGCUUGACAACAGCGUGUACCUGAAAGACGCCGGCCCGGGGCCCUGCUAUUACGUGGAGCCGCAGCUCACCCGCUUCGGCAGGGCCAGGGGCCCGGCUUACUCCAUGCGGGCGCGGGCCAAGCCCCGAGGGCACCCGCAGACCCCCGGGCCGGGCGCGUACAGCCCAGAGAAAGCCCCGCUAAUCACCCGACACCAGGCACCGUCCUUCACCAUGGGCACACGCACCGCAUGCCGUGUGACGGACCCCGUCCCCGCGCCCAACCGCUACGCCCUGCCCUCCCUGCUGGGCGCGCGGGUCCCCGCCAAGCCCUCCAGCCCCAGCUUCACCAUCUCUGGGCGGCACCAAAAAGGCAGCUACUCCGAAGACCUGGCGCAGACUCCCGGGCCAGGCCGAUACAACAGCACGGAUCCCAGCACCUACCUGCGCCGGCCGCCCGCCUUCUCCAUGCUGGGCCGACGCAUUGCCCCCAAGCCGGCUUUCCAGACGCCGGGUCCGGGCACGCACAGCCCCGAGAAGGUGACUGCUCACAGGACCCGGGCCCCAGCCUAUUCCCUGGGCGUCCGGCACUCUGAUUUCCUCACCCCUCUCAUCGUGGAUGUUUCCCAGUGA